AUGGCCGACAAGUUCCCCUCUGUUGAGGACCUCGAUUCUGACGCUACCGCCGAUAACAACAUGGACACCACUCAAAUGUCUGAUGAGCCUUCAGACUUCCUAGCCCGUGAGCGCGCUCUCCUUGGUGACGAUGCCGACCAAUUCGCGACUCUCGCCGACAACGCCGCUACCGUUGAGAAUGACGACGACGACCUUCUUGGAGGAGGCCAGUCCUACCAGCCUCCCGCCGACCACGAGAUGGGUGGCUUCGAAUCCAGUUUCCCUGCUAUUGACACAUCAAACGAGGUCCGUCCCCCUGAUCUCCUCGUCUACCAUCAGACAGCACUUUCUGACGCGCAUAUCCAACACAGGNGAGUAGCACCCGGCGGCACAAUCACCGGAUCCACACUACCAUACCAGCCCAAAUCCAACCAAGCCUCAUACGAAGACGAGUCCGAACCCGACGUCAUCCGCGAAUGGCGCGAGCGCAGAGACAUGGCUCUCCAGCACAGAGACGAGGUCUCGCAGAACAAGAAGGAAGAGACCGUCAAAGCCGCCCACCAAGCCAUCGACGACUUUUACGAGAACUACAACAACAAGAAGGACAAGACCGUCUCCCAGACCCGCAAGGACGCAGAGGAAUUCCUCAAGUCUAGAGAGGACACCACUGCCGGAGGAACCAGCUGGGACAGAGUCUCCAAGCUUGUCGAUCUUAGUGGAAAAGGCAGCUCUGGUGGUGCUCAGGGCUCGGCAAAGUCCAAGUUCAGAGAACUGUUGCUUAACCUUCGCAAGGACGAGAACGCCCCCGGCGCCAGCGGCUACUAG